GAUGUCUGAGGCGUUGUCACAGCAGGAGAGACUCCAGGCUAUAGCGGAGAAAAGGAAGAGGCAGACAGAGAUUGAGAACAAGCGGAGGCAGCUGGAAGAUGACCGCAGACAGCUCCAGCAUCUCAAGAAUCGGCGCCUCCCUGCUCGCUGCUCAUUAGUGCAGAGCUGACCAGGAGCCUGAACAUAAUUACGGGCGAUGGUGUGGCCGGAGGCUGAUUUGGUGCAUCCUCAGAUUAGUGCUGUGCUUUCCCCUCUCAUUACGCAGCCAGUGGCUUCCUGCAUUAAGGUCAAGUCCAGCUGUUAAUUCGUUCAGUCAAAUAACAAGGAUGUUGAACUGCUAUUUUUGGUGGAGCUGAAUUCUCUGGGGUGUACACCCAGAGGAAGCGUGGAUGCAUCCUUAACCCAGUGCACGUACGGGUGUGUGUUAUUGUGUGUUUGUGUGUUUUGGUAAGACGAUGAGCCGGAGGUGUUGAAUUUCACAGAGAAUAAACACUCCAGAGAAGUAAUGUACCUGUGCGUCUGUGAUUUGUUUUUCAUUGAGAGCAAAGACCUUAUUUUCUGCGUCUGCCUUUGUGCCAGUUGCGGUUAUGAGACAUUGUUUAUUGUUCCGGUUUGGCCUUCGAUUGUCUGCUUUUUGAAGGCAUUGUCCUCCUCCUAAACAGUUUAUCAGACACAGGUUGCAUGUGGAGCCUGGGAGGCCCCUGUGAUGCUUUGUCUUCUAUUUUCUGCCUCGAUUGUGUUGUGCGCGUGUGGAAGGGUGUGAGCGUGCUGUGUGUCAGAUGCCCUGUCACUCUGCCAAUAAGCACUCCUUGCGGACGUCUCCUGGGAGUGGGAGGGGCGAAGGGAGGGGAGUGGGAGGAGAAAGAGAGGGAGUGAGCUGCCUUUUCUCUCUCGCUCCGUCUCUCUCCGUAAGGUACCGAGGAUGGAAAAACCAACAGAAGAUCCUUUUAGGAUUGUGCGUUUACGCCUUCGAGAUUGGGGAUGAGAAAUAUUUUGCUACCGUUGCUGUGUGGCACAUUUGUGAAUAUUGCGAUUGACGGAUCAUCUUUUGAUUGUGAAUACAAUAGUCUCUUUCCCCCCAGAUUCCUGCUAUCCAAAACAAUACCUAAAUGUGGCUAAAUGUGGUGGGAGAGAGAGAGAGAGAGAGAGAAAGAGAGAGAGAGACAGAGAGAGAGAGAAAGAGAGAUCAUAGUGCAGUAUGAUCAGCUGAAAAUAUUUCUCAUGAUUAAUGGAUGAAAUCAUACAGUAUUAAGGUCAAGGAUUGCAUGUAAAGGCUAAAAAGGCUAAAAGUAAGGUAAUAUUCCAAAAACAAAACAAAAAUCUGUGUUUGUUUUCUGUAUAAGAUAACAGUUUGCUUCAAAACAUUAAAAUUUUUGCAUUUUCAUUUUCUAAAUGCCUAGUACUGUCUAGACAGCCAGUGCAUCAAAUGAAACUUUUACAGUUUCUAAUAGCCAUCUUAGCAUGAAUAAUGCAAGCGAGCUUCUUUUGUACUAUUAUUUAUUUAUUUAUUUUGCAGACACACUUAUCCAGAUUGGCUUACAAGGAUAAUGUGGCAUAAUGCAUUUACAAAUCAUACAAACAAUAAAAGCAGUAGUCAGAAUUACGGCAAAUUGACCUCAGGCUUAAAAUAUAUAACAGUAAAAUAAUAAUGCCUAACGUUUAUGUUUAAUGGCACACUUCACGCUAAAGGGAACAACUGGACCUCAAUAUUCCGUGUUUGUCAAAGAUAACCAUUUCAGCUGCAUUGCAAUCUAUUUUAGAAAUAAACUGAUAAUUUCUUGCGUAACUGUUCGUCUCUGUGUCAUUCCAUUAGCAAAGCUAAUGUCGGUAGUCCGUGCACAAGCGGUUGUUGUGAGAGGCGCUCGUGUUUUUUAAUGGGUUCUGUCCCAUGCUUGUCCUGGGGCUCACCCUUAGGGGAGGUUGUGAAAGCCUCUUUGUGGCUCCUGUGAAUGUAGCCUUAGGUGCCCUCAGGGCAUCCGGUGGUCCGCGCAGCUGGAGGACCACAGGUUCUGGCAGUCCUGGGGUUGUCUUUGCUCCUCUCUUAGGACCCCUGGUGCUGCCUUUGUAUGCCAUAGAAGAGGACGGGCACUGGCAGGGUGCCCUGGCGAUCGUCCCGCUAUCCCACUUAAUGUCAAAGGCUUUGCGGGAACGAUGGCUGCUGGACGGAGCACCCUCUGCUGGCCCGGAGGAGGAUGAAGCAAAGAAACAGCUUCAGGAGGAUGAGGCCAAGACCAAGGGUCUGGAGGAGUCUAUUCUCAGACUGGAGCAGGAGCUGGAGGAGCUGGAGACAGGUGUGUCAGCGACCUCCACCAAAGAGAACUUGACAGAUGCAGCCAAGGAGGAUGACGCCAAGAGAGGAGACAACAAAAAUCCUGCUGCCUCUGUGAAAGUGGUUAAAGUUCACAACAGCCCUCGUCAGGACAAGUCCGGAGGUGCCUCAGAUAUGAUGAAGACAGCGAUGUACUCAGUAGAGAUCACCAUUGAAAGGGACAGACUCACAGGCGAGACAAAAGUGUUGUCCACCAACACACUGCUGCCCAAAGACCUCUCUUACCAAGGGGUUAAGGUAUAUGAGGAUGACAAAAAAGUUGUGCACGAGGUUCGUGGAGCCGACGGCACCAUAGAGAACGGGGUCCACCUGCUGAGCUCCUCGGAGGUGGAAGAGCUCAUUCACAAAGCUGACGAGGCCACCAUAGGCGAGGGCGGGGGCACCCCAAAAGCAGCCGGAAAUGCCUCGGAGACCCCCAAGAAGGAGAUCACGGGCAUGGAAGCGAAGCCGGCCGGCGCCCAGGCCGCCGUGGGCGAUGCGAGUGCCGAGCACCCCGUCACCAUGGUGUUCAUGGGCUACGAGAACGUGGACGACGAGGCGGAGACCAAGAAGGUGCUGGGGCUGGAGGGCACGGUGAAGGCCGAGCUGGUGGUCAUCGAAGACGGGGAGAGCAAAGGGGGCACAGAGGGGGCCAAGAACGACCAGGCCCCUCCCAAUGGCAGUGCGGCUGACCCAAUCAAGGCCCAGGAAGGGGCGGGGGAGAAAGGGGAGCCUGACGGCGGCGCGGCGGAGCUCAACACCAAGGAGAAACAGCCCUGCAAGUGCUGCUCCGUCAUGUGAUCACCUGCUCCCCGGGGACUUGACUUUUCAAGGAAAAAUGAAAAACAGCAACAAAUGAACUUACCAACGACUACAAGAAAAAUGUUCUGUAUCUUUUGAGCAGCAGUUGUUCCCCAGUUUCUUUUGAUUUUUGUAUUUUUAAUCUUUGUUUUUUUGUUUUUUUUUUCCUUUUUCAUUAUUUCUCUCUGUGUUUGCAUCUGGAGUGUACCAUUGUCUCCACUAAAACAAGCUGUCAAAGGUGAUCGGUGCCUCUAUAUUACACUUUUACCUUUGAGAUUUGACAACAGAGAGGGACUACAACCCUCCCACCCAGAGCUUAAGUUGUUCAAGCGCUGUCCAAUAAAUAUUUUUUUAAAUGACAUCUCUUAUACACUGUCAUAAAUUUUAUAGUCUUAUCUUACCGUAUGAAGGACACAUAUAUCUCUAUGUAUAUCUCUCUAUAUAAAUUAUGUAUUUUAAAGAUAUAUUUAUUUGUUUUGUUUUUGUUUUUUUGGGUUUUUUUUUUUUGCUUUUAUUUUGAGAAAAGUCCUGGUUGCUGUGUGCUGUAACAUUGGAUUCAGUGCACUAUAUACCAUGCUAAUACAUUUUAUUUUUCAGAAAGGUCAUAAUGAAGUUAACCAGCGGGAACAAAGAAAAUGUAUAAUUUCAGUGACUGCAUUGAUAUAUUUAUGACUGAUAAUGCUGUGAGAGUAUUUGUUUGGUUUUUGUUUUCCAGAAAGAAAGAACAAUAAUUACUACAUUUCACGCAUACUCCAUAAGAGGGAAGAUCAUUGAAGUGGGAUGUCGCAGAUGGGAAACUGUGUUUUGGUGUCUUGUAACAGCUACUUGUUAUGUGUGCUAAGACACAGAUUUCCCUCUAAUGUCAUCAGAAUGGCCAUUGGAGACCUUAAAAGAUUCUAUCUCCUAUGCGCUGAGUGCUUUUUACAGGCUUUCAUGCUGUUAGUACUGUAAAAUAUUCUGAAAUCUACAGCUUUGUGGCCUCCUCACGCUGUCGUGUGACUCUCAAACACAAACAUUUCUUUCUGGAACAGAAAAAAAAAAAAACAAGUUAUUUGUCCUUUUGUCCGCAUUCUCCUGCAACCAAAUCAGAAAUAGCCACCCAUCUCAAUAUUAACGAUAGUAAUGACAGUGAUUGAAUAUCAGUACUGAAUUGAAUGGUGUUUCAUACUGAAGCCUGAGACUGGAAAUAAAUGCCAUUGUGUAAGCAGUGAUGUCCAUCUGGUUCACUCCAUUCAGCUUGAUUUCUCAGACUAAUCAGGAUCCGUUGAAAAUAGCCGGAUAGCGCUUGACGCCUUUGCAUUUGAAGAUCAACAGCCUGUGUUAAAAGUAGAUAAUCGAGAGAAUAUGUCAGUGUCAAGUAUGCCUUUGAUUAAUUUGAAGCUCAACGCAGUUUGUGUUAAACUUGAUGGCAAUGGAAAGUUACGAGUUGUUGAUGCUGAUCUUAUUUAGUGCUACAGUUGUGUGCCUGCGUGUGUGUGGUUGACUGAAGCAUUUUCUAAUGCAUGAAAGAGGGGGUACAUACUGAGUGUGUGUACUUUUCCAUCUAUCCCCAUUAAGGUCAUGACACACUAUCUCAACUAAACUUUCUCAGAACUUCUAUGCCAGGCUUUUUGUGCCCUUGUUAAGGCCUCGGUACCCUCCUCACAUGUUAAUGACAACAAACGGGUCAUAGAAUAACUGCCUGUGCGUCUGUGUCGAUGAUGGAUUUCGGUGUGUAUCUUUGACCAUGUAAGACCUGAAGCAAAAGCAGGGAUAUGAAAUCUCUUCACAUUCCAGAAAGUUGUCUGAAGAGUCUUUUACCAAGUGGUCAGUUUUGCUUCAGUGUUCAUGUUGCUACAACUUUUUUGGACAUGGUAGCUGUUUGGCUGUGUGGCUAACUUUGAAUGAUUAUGUUUCAUUCAUCAUUCUAUUAUUUUUUUAUUUGCUACAUUAUGAGUGGUAGGAGCUAGCAUUUAUUCUGGAGGCAAAUUAGGAGCAAAAUGUCUGGCUGAGCUGAAAGGUCAUGUGAUUAUUGCCGUCUGUGUUUUAUUGGUGAGGUGAUGCGGAAUCACUUGUUGGGAAAACCAGCUCAGUUUGGCCAAGGUGCUCUGAUGUAACAAAAGGCCCAUACUUAAAAGCAAAAUAAACAUUUUGUUUGAAAAGUUGGCAGAAUACUGGAUGGUCUGGAUUAAAAUCUUAAACCAGUUGUAUGACAUCACAGGUGUGUGGUAGAGUCUGUUUCAAAAGAUAAUUUUUUAAAACAUUGUUUAGCUCAUAUUUGGAUAAGUAUGAAAAUAGCACUUAGGGUGUAUUGUUUCAUUGUCCAUAUGACAGGUACAUAUUUAUAAUGUAUUAACUCAGAAAUGAGAUCAUUUCAAUUCAAAACACUUGGCCUACCAAGAUGAACUUGAUUUAACUAAUGUGCAUUAAAGUACAGUAAGGGUGAAGUGAUAAAAAGAUGGUUGACAAUAUCAUACACCAAAUACUUUGGUUAAGACUGGUGUCAGUGUAAAACAGACGCCUAUUUUCCAAUGCAAAAGGUGUGGAAAUAUACAUGGAACAGCCAAUACACUAACUUCAACAGCCCGAGGUAUUGAUUUAAUUCUCCUCUGUCCCUGCUGGUGACUGCUGAGUUCUACUAAGUAAUAUUCCCACACUUUUCUAUCCACACCUAUGCAAAAAUUUACAAGCAUGCAAGCUCACUCUUCAUUUUGUCACUAGCCUGGUCAUUCAUUUCCAUCUCUGAAAGUGGAUACAAAACAAAAAUACGGCACACGCACAUCGCUCAAAAUCCCUGAUGUUAACAAUGCACUGUAUGUGUAACAAGGACGGUGUUUUAAGCAUUGCUUGACAAGUAUACCACCUUUUCCAUGCUGUACUGUACAUAAACACGUGUCAUUAAACUCAGCUUCUGUGAAUUAUCAUUUUCAAAUAAAACUAACAGUACUGUAUACAUGUAUCAUAAGCAAGCUAAGUAAAAUAAAUAUUUGACUUUCUAAAAUGUGGCAUAGUUCCACAUUUGCAUUGACAGGACUUGUAUUAAUCCCAUUUCUCUUGGUGUUAGUGGGCACAGGUGGGGUUUGCUGGCUCCGUGUAAUUAAGUUCUUUUUGCUUAACGACCCGUUGUCAGACGAGGAACUGAAAGUAUGCUGGUCAAAUGCAUAUUCUGCAGAAAGCAUAGAACUGGAAUUGUCAUCUUUCUGAGGACUUUGCUGUUUGUUCUCAUUGGGGUGCUAACUGAUUGAGAUAAUCAGAGAUUGAGAUCCCUUGGUUAGGAACUGGAAUGCCUCUUGUUUGCAGCUCUGCUGUCCUACCUUCCAGAAACUUCCAGAAACUCAGAUCUGAGAUAUUAUUUUUGUGAAGCUUCUAUCAUAUAAUGAAAGCAAGUCAACUCCAUUAACUAAGCAUGGGGAACCAUCAGAAACAUAACAGAUCUGGACAAAAUGCUUGACAAAUUAUGCCUUUAAAGAGAAAAUUUUCAUCAGUGCAGAAAUUGGAGUGUGGAGUGUGAAAGGGUGCUUCAUGGAAUUACAUGUGCCCUUUAACCCAGAGCUCAAUGACACAACUUUGUCCCGAACAUUAAACUGUACUUAGUGUGGUCCAUUUAAUAUGCUGGAGUGUGGAGUUACUGUCGUAGUCGUCAUGGCUGCGAUGGCUUUACUCGGGGGAGAGCGAAAGUAGGAUAGCAGUAGCUGUGAUAGCUGUGGUGCAGUAAAUCAAGUGUUCUAACUCGCAUAUUAAUGAGCCAUUCUGCUCAAGAGGCAGUAGGGUUCUCCAUCAGCGUUGGGAUUGGUGUAGCCAUGGUGGAGCUGGUCUGGCUGCCGAUCUGGUGUUCGCUGCCACCCAUUGCACUGUCAUCGCCAUAGUUACCUCAGACCUCCACUCUACAACGCCCACUCUGUACUAACAUUCCAGUUCUGAUGUGUUACACACCCCCAAUGCCUUGUGGUCUGGUUCAGGCCAGGCCUCUUUUGUAAAUGUGCAUGCUUUUUAUAUUAUAAGUAUAUAUCUAUACAAAUAACUGUUCUUGUGGAAAAAAAUGUCUCCUUCUCUUACUGUAGUGGAGUCCUCCAUUCUCCCUCUUUCAGUCACUGCUUGGUGAAAGUUGAGCAGUGGCACAGUGCCACUGCUGCUGGUCCUAUUGCUCUGUUAGUUGUGAAGGUUUUCUCUCUUCUGACUGGAAAGUGAUGUAGAAAGUGUUUGAGAUGAAAAAUAAAAUGUGAUGUGCACCAAAACAA